AUGGAUAGGAAAGGUAAGGGUCGCCAAAAGAUUGACAUGGCCAAGAUACAAAAUGAGAGCCAUUUGCAGGUGACCUUCUCGAAACGCCGGUUGGGCGUGUUCAAGAAGGCCAACGAGCUCGCCACCUUGUGUGGAGCGGAGCUGGGUGUCCUGGUCUUUUCCCCCGGGGGCAAAGCCUACUCCUUUGGACACCCCAACGUUGACACCAUCAUUGCUAAGUUCAAUUCCUUCAGCCCUUUCGAAGGCCAGAUCACUUCGUCCACAGGGGAUCGCCGCAAUGCCACCACUCGGGAACUCGACAGGCGGCUCGAUGAGGCCACGCAAAUGCUGCAGAACGAGAAGAAGCGUGGAAAAGAGCUCAAGAAAAUGCUGCAACAUGAGCGGCAGAAGCAUUGGUUUGUGGCUCCCAUAGAGGAGAUGAACGUAGAACAGCUCCAGCAGGUGGAGGCUGGAAUGAUGGAACUAAGGAAGCAAGUGACCCAGAGAGUGGGCCAACUUGAGACGCAGGCCAAAAUGAAGGAGCAGCGGGCGUUGGUACCUCCUCGUGGACUGCCGAAUUACUUUGGAGGAGUUGGUUGGCCAUUUGAAGCUGGAGCUUCUGGUUCAAAUGGCUUUCCUGUGAUGCCAACUACUGGGUUUAACAAUGGGGCUGGACCCAGCUCCUUCUGA